AUGCCAAAAUACCCAAACCCGUAUGCGGCCGUAAACGACGCCGACUUGCUCUCCGAGGCCUUCGCCCGCAGCGAAGAUGGACGAGACCCUCUGAGCAGCCUACGCGCCGAGUUUGUCAUCCCGACAAAGGGCGACCUGCGCAACAAACAAUAUGGGCCCCUGGGAAACCAGGCAGCAGGCGCACACAGUGAAGACGACGACCAUGAGGAAUCCGUCUAUCUGUGUGGAAACUCACUCGGGCUGCAACCACGCCGAACGCGUGAGUAUGUGAACCGUUAUCUCGACACUUGGGCGUCAAAGGGCGUCUUUGGGCACUUCAAGCCUCUGGAGGGUGGACAUCCGCCAUGGUUGGACCUCGACGACGCGCUCAAGGAACAGACUGCCAGAAUCGUCGGAGCUCUUCCCUCCGAGGUCGUCGUCAUGGAGACGCUGACGGCCAAUCUGCAUCUCCUCAUGUCGAGCUUUUACAAACCUACGCCUGAUCGGUACAAGAUCAUCAUCGAAGGGAAGGCAUUCCCCAGCGACCAUUACGCCGCUCAGUCGCAGCUCGCGCACCACAAUAUCCCCUCCUCCGCCCUUAUCACCAUCACCCCACCCUCGGCCGACUCUCCGUAUCUCACCACCGAACAUAUCCUCUCCGUCAUCUCCCAGCACAACGCUAGCACUGCCCUCGUCCUCCUUCCGGGAAUUCAAUUCUACUCAGGCCAGUUCUUCGAUAUCGAGCUGAUAACACGCCACUGCCACAGCCUGGGCAUAACAGUGGGCUGGGACCUCGCCCACGCCGUCGGUAAUGUGCCCGUCAAGCUGCACGACUGGAAUGUCGACUUUGCCGCAUGGUGCAACUACAAGUACAUGAACGGCGGACCAGGUGUUAUCGGCGGGCUGUUCGUGCACGACAACCACGCCAAGGUCGAACAAACCCAGGUCGACGGCGAUGCGAAGCACAUCAAUCACAACCAACUCGUCUACAAACCCCGCCUCAGCGGCUGGUGGGGCAGCGACAAGAGCCGCCGCUUCCGCAUGGAAAAUGAAUUUGUGCCCAUCCCGGGUGCGAGCGGCUUCCAGCUCAGCAACCCUAGCGCACUAGAUAUGACCUCCGUUCUCGCGAGCUUAGACGUCUUUUCGCUCACAUCGAUCGAGGCUUUACGUGCGCGAAGUCUGCGCCUCACUGCAUACCUUGAAGAGCGCCUCUUGCGCUACGACAGCAAGCCGCCGCCGUACAAGAUCAUCACUCCCGCCAACCCUGCAGAACGUGGCGCACAACUCAGUGUACUGCUGAACCCAGGCCUUUUGGAUCAUGUUCUGAACUACAUCGAAGAACACGGCGUAGUCGUCGACGAACGAAAACCAGAUGUCCUGCGCGUGGCGCCCGCUCCCUUGUACAACUCAUUCUGGGACGUGCAUCGCUUCGUUGUUAUCUUCCAGGAAGGGUGCCGAAGAGCCAUUGCACGAACAGGCAGCAAAUCUGCCGAGACGACCAACGGCGCUUCCUAA